GCCGUGCGGGUGAGCAGCACCAAGGAGGCGGCGGCCGAGGCCAAGAAGAGCGUCUGCCGCCGCCUGGACUACAUCACGCAGAGCCUCCAGCAGCAGGGUCUGCAGGCAGAAAAUGUAACGGUGACAAAGGAUUUUAGAAGAGUGGAAAAUGCUUAUCACAUGGAAGCAGAGGUCUGCAUUACAUUUGCUGAAUUUGGAAAAAUGCAAAAUAUUUGUAACUUUCUUGUUGAAAAACUAGAUAGCUCUGUUGUUAUCAGUCAACCCCAGUUCUAUCAUACUCCAGGUUCUGUUGAAAAUCUUCGACGGCAAGCCUGUCUUGUUGCUGUUGAGAAUGCAUGGCGCAAAGCUCAAGAAGUCUGUAACCUUGUUGGCCAAACUCUAGGAAAACCUUUAUUAAUCAAAGAAGAAGAAACGAAAGAAUGGGAAGGCCAAAUAGAUGAUCACCAGUCAUCCAAACUCUCAAGUUCAUUAACUGUACAACAAAAAAUCAAAAGUGCAACAAUAUAUGCUGCUUCAAAAGUAUUUUUAACUUUUGAAGUAAAGGGAAAAGAGAAGAAAAAAAAAACAUCUCUGAAAUUCCAACCAAUAUAUAUUGUGUUUAUAUCUUUUUGUCUAUUUUUAUACUUUUUAUAAUGUUUGCUUUUGUCCUGAGUAUAUAUACACAGGGUGUCCCAAAAUGUACUAUAAAGUGUUUUCUCCCCAAAAUCUGUGAAUCCUUAAAUAUAGUUCCACAGAAUACUUAUGUUUACUUUCUAUUUUGAAAAUCUUACUGUGGGAAAUACUCUUUGGAAAUAAAUAUGUGCACACUUA